UAAAGAUGGCGGCGUCAGAGGGGGCGCGCAGCGGCUGGACAACAGAGAAGCGAUUCUGAUAAGCUCCAGUUUGAUCGAAUUAAUCUCGCAGGGUACUACCGAGUACCGCUCGGAUACAGUUUGGAUAAUCGGGAUAGAAACAGUUGCUGUCACGGACUGGGGGUGCGAGUUUAUUGUUUAAGCCAGGGUGGGUGGGUUUCACUGAUAGUCUGCUAACAGUAGCUACCAGGCUAGCCAGGGGAGCUAACACGGGCUAGUCAACGUUAGCUCGGUGGAGAACAGCGCAGAGGAGGGUUGAGGAAGGAGUACUCGGGCCUGGCCGCUCCAGCUUUUUUGGGGGAAUGUGAACCAGAGGUUUGCCGGGGGGUUUGCUCGCUUCGUCCCGAACGUCCUCACACCAAACUAACGGGAUGGGACAGCAGGUAGGCCGCGUCGGCGAGGGUACAUCGACCGGACUCCAGCCACCACAACCCCACGCGUCUCAGCCUCACCAAGGGAAGGGGAACCGGGGGAGCGGCGCCGGGAGGAGACCCCGAGAACCCGGCAGUAGCACCGGAACACCGCCGGGCAGGACAGCUGUGGUCAAUGCGCCCGAUCCAGCGAUCAACAUAUUCACGCUGCAUUCAGAAGCUCUAACGGAGGCGGUGCGCUGGAGCUCAAAGGAGAACCUACUGGGGGCGGCUGAGAGCGACCCGAACCUCUUCGUUGCACUUUAUGACUUUGUCGCCAGUGGAGACAACACGCUAAGCAUCACCAAAGGUGAGAAGCUGCGCGUGCUUGGCUACAACCAGAAUGGAGAGUGGAGUGAAGUGCGGUCUAAGAACGGCCAGGGUUGGGUGCCCUCAAACUACAUCACACCAGUCAACAGUCUGGAGAAGCAUAGUUGGUACCAUGGACCAGUUUCCCGCAGUGCUGCUGAGUACCUGCUCUCGUCCCUUAUCAAUGGCAGUUUUCUGGUUCGGGAAAGCGAGAGCAGCCCCGGACAACUGUCCAUAUCUCUGCGCUAUGAGGGCAGAGUGUACCACUACCGGAUCAAUACCGCCACAGAUGGGAAGGUGUAUGUCACAUCUGAGAGCCGUUUUGCCACACUGGCCGAACUGGUCCACCACCACUCCACCGUGGCUGAUGGUCUAGUCACCACACUGCACUACCCUGCACCCAAAUGUAACAAGCCCACAGUAUACGGUGUGUCACCCAUCCAUGAUAAGUGGGAGAUGGAGCGCACAGACAUCACCAUGAAGCACAAGCUGGGAGGUGGCCAGUAUGGGGAGGUGUAUGUGGGAGUGUGGAAGAAGUACAACCUCACGGUGGCUGUCAAAACACUCAAGGAGGACACGAUGGAAGUUGAAGAGUUUUUGAAAGAGGCUGCUGUUAUGAAGGAGGUUAAACAUCCCAACCUUGUUCAGCUACUUGGUGUGUGCACAUUGGAGCCUCCCUUCUACAUUGUGACAGAGUACAUGCCACACGGUAACCUACUGGACUACUUGAGAGAUUGUGACAAGGAGGAGGUAAAUGCUGUGGUGCUGCUCUACAUGGCCACUCAAAUCUCCUCUGCCAUGGAAUACCUGGAAAAGAAAAACUUCAUACACAGGGAUCUUGCGGCGAGGAACUGUCUGGUUGGAGAAAAUCAUGUUGUGAAGGUUGCAGACUUUGGCUUGAGCCGGCUGAUGACUGGUGACACCUACACUGCGCACGCCGGCGCCAAGUUUCCUAUUAAAUGGACCGCCCCAGAGAGCCUUGCGUACAACACCUUCUCCAUCAAAUCUGAUGUCUGGGCUUUCGGAGUGUUACUGUGGGAAAUUGCCACCUAUGGCAUGUCACCUUACCCAGGCAUCGAUUUGUCUCAGGUCUAUGAUCUCCUGGAGAAGGGCUAUCGCAUGGAGCAACCUGAAGGAUGCCCACCCAAGGUUUAUGAACUUAUGAGGGCAUGCUGGCAGUGGAGCCCAUUAGAUCGGCCUUCGUUUGCAGAGAUCCACCAAGCCUUUGAAACAAUGUUCCAUGACUCGAGCAUUUCUGAAGAGGUAGCAGAGGAGCUAUGUAAAACGGCCUCCUCUGGUCACUGUGGACCGCCACAUUCUUUCAGUCAUGACAUGCCCCUGUUGCCUUCCAAAUCCCGCACAAUCCACAAGCACACAGAAAACAAGGAAAACAUCGAGGGUGGACUAGAUGGGCGCACCGACCACAGCACGCACACUCACUCAGGCUGGGCUUCUACUUUGCUUGGUAUGGAUAGCCGAUCAGGCAGUUCACCAGCGCUCCCUCGAAAACAGCAACCACGAGACAAAUCUCCCAGCAGCCUUUUGGAAGAUGCACAGGACAUGGGCACAUUCACUCGAGACCGCAAAACUGGCUUCUUCAGCUCUUUCAUAAAGAAGAAAUCUUCUUCCUCUUCCUCGUCCCCUUCUUCUCAACUCCAACAGAAUCUUCCAACUCCACCCAAGAGGAGCAGUUCCUUCCGAGAGAUGGAGACACAGCCCCACAAGAAAUACGAACCCACAGCAGAUUUCUGUGCUCCCCCUCCAAUACCGCAGUCGGACAGUUUAGGGGGAUUUUCUCCUUCUCCCUCCCACUCUCACGGGGAACCCACCCAGACACAGCCCCGCUGCUGUGGAGCUGCAUUUGUACAGAAACCUUCUAGUGGGGGCUUUGGAUCACAAGUGACAAGUGGCAGCAGUUGGAGUGGGUUGGCAGGCUUUUUUACCCCCAGACUUAUCAAAAAGACUUUGGGUUUACGGACAGGAAAGACCGCUUCUUCAGAUGAGGGUGGAAGUAUAGUUGGAGGACCCAAGCCCUUCCCAAGGUCCAAUUCUACCUCCUCAAUGUCGGCCGGGCUGCCAGACUUGGAACGCAUGGCUUUGACUUUACCCAGGAACCGCAGUGCAAAGCCCCCUUUAGAGAGGACUGCCUCCACAACCUCUCAGCCAGAAAACGGAGCUGCACGGCCCUCAGAGACUCUUCUGAGGAGGAUGGAUGAGGGAACUGCACAGAUCAGGGAAAGACCCAAGGCCAAAAUACUACCCCGGGGCACCGCGGUUGGAGUGAGGGCACCAGGGGUUGGGGGCGAAUUGGGAGAAUCGGACAGUCUGUACCGGGUUCGGGAGGGUAGAGAGGAGAGCGUCAGUCUGGACAGGCAACAGAGUUGGUCAUCUCCCUCGAAGACUUCUAGUUCAAGUAUGUCAGCAGCCACAGCAAGUGCACCAACUCACAACCACAAAGUUCCAGUCUUGAUAUCCCCCACACUGAAGCAUAGCCCAGCUGAUGUGCACCUCGUCGGCCUCGACUCUCAGGGGAACCGCUUUAAACUGCUGUCAGAGCACCAAGCAGAUCGGGACAGGCCCCGACUUGUUAAGCCCAAGUGUGCUCCUCCUCCUCCCCCCACUCUGCGAAGUCUGCAGCACUCCUACAGCGGCGAUGGAGAGGAGCAGGUCGGAGCAGCGCCAGUAGAAAUGAACGGAGACACACUGAAAGGUCACAGGUCGGGGCGAACAUCGGGAGGAGCUGCGAUGGGCAGACCAUCAGUGCCACCACCACAAGUGCCUCCUGCAUCUUCUUCCUCCUUUUCCUCUACUAGCUCUGCCACCACCAACACAACACCCACCAAAAUGGCCAAUGGAGCCACCACCACUGCCUCCUCGCACUCGACGCCAUCUGCUGGCUCCAAAGUGGCACUGCGGCGAACGAGACAGCAAGUGGAGAGGGUGCCUCUGGAGCGGGUUAGCCGAGAGACCUUGCUAGAGUGUGCCGAGUGCCUGAGCAGUGCGCUCCAUGCCACUUCUGAAAGCUCCUCCAGCAGUCAAGUGCUGGACGCCGGCCACCAGCUGCUAAACUAUUGCUCAGGUUAUGUGGACUGCAUCCCCCAGAUGAGGAACAAAUUUGCCUUUCGAGAGGCAGUGGGAAAGCUGGAGCUCAGCCUGCAGGAACUGAGAGCCUCAUCUUCAGGAGGUGGAGGGCUGAGCGGUGUCGGGUCCAACACUGUACUGGACAACCUACACAGCUGUAUUAAAGAGAUUAGUGAUGUAGUGCAGAGGUAGCCACUGUGACAACACCAGUCGCCUCUCACUGCCCAACAGAUUGCUUAUAUACCGGUUUUAUUGACAGCUUUUUGGGGGACUAGAUGAGAUUACUCUCUUAAGUACCUCAAAGAAUUCAAAACAAAAUGUAAUUUUUUACUGUUUACAAAAAAAAAUCUGCUUCAUAAAAUGCCAUUGUGGACACUAACUUUGCUCUAAACUGUACAUAUUGAGAAUUGUGAUACCAAACUUAACAUGGUUUAAGUCGCACCACAAAGUGUUUCACCACAAUUCUCCAACUGGCCGUGAUAAAGGCCUCUUCACUCAUUGAAUGUCGAGUUUAUCAGCUGUGUGUUGCCAGCCCAGACUGUAGGUAAUAUUCACUCUGCUCAUUUGUCAGUCUAUCAGAUACUGAGCAGGAAUAAGGGUGGUUGUGCCCAGCCUUACGGAGAGUUAUAAGUUAAAAAAAAAUCCCUCACUUGAUUCACUAACGUGGAGCAUUAGCUGGAUAUUCUGUUUUCACAGUCAAUAUUUCUGUUUUUGUGGACCUGAGUGACCAUAAGCCAUUUUAAAAGCCAUUGUGAUAUGAAGGCUUGCAAAUAGUAUCAGCAUCAGGAUGCAAUCAGAUUGUAGGUUUGGUGAUCUCAAUUUGAUGUUUUUAUUUUGGUGUGUAAAUUUUCUCACGAUUUUUUUUUCAUCAGAAGUUUGACAAACCUCAAAGAAACAGACAUUUUGUUUUACAUGGUUUUUAAGGGUUCAAUAUUUAAACAAUUGCUGAGACAGUGACAUUCCCACAAAUCCUCUGAAGGUGAGACCAUAGAGACAGAUUGAAGGGAACACUAGCGUAAUUCAAAGUUGUGUGCAUUAGCCAAGCGUGUAUAUAAGCUCAAAUGAAAUGCUGUCUUUGCAUUUCAAUAAUACCAAAUACAGGCUUAAUAAAUUCUGAACAUGAUAUUAUGAAACGUGUUUCCCCUACACUAAAAAGUAACUGAAUGUGGGGAGUUUUAUCAUAUGCACAGCAUUUGUCUUUGCGUACUGCAGCGUGACUGAUGUUCACACCUUAACACAGUGCCACAUAAAUGAGGAACACCCCAGUUCCUGAAAGCAUUUCAGUAGUUAUGUCCAGUUGUCUUUGCACACUGCAUUUCUUCUUCGUAUGAUUGAGCAUUAUUAGCAAGCAGCAAGGGGAGGAAGAGCACAGGGUAGCGCAUGAGCAGGUUCACUGGGACAGUAUUUCUUCAAGUGUCCUUCUGUGUAUGGACAGUGCUAGAUUCCCUGUAGCCUUGUCAUGGCCUCAGUGCCUCAAAUUCUUCAAUGUAUGAACACUGCGACAUGCAGAGACCUACUUCACACUAAUCACACCGUACUGAUCUCUCAACAAAAACUGCAGUAUGUCUUCAGCACAUGAGCGAAUUGUAUAUUGUUCGGUUAAAAAAAAUGAGAAAUUGCUUUUAGAAUGUCUAUGUAUGAACUUGAAUUUUAAAUUAUUCUUGUUUUUUUAAGCACAGACCUAUUUUAAGAGAAAAAGUUAUGUAAAUAUUUGAUUUUAUUCAUAUCCAGGAAACAAAAGAUUUAUGUGUGGUCACAGCAUUGAAGAGCAAUGUUUUAGACUGAAGAGAUGUUUUUGAAAGACUAAGGCCCAUCCAUCAGAAUCUGAAUAUUUGCUUUAUGAAUGUAUUAUUCCUUUGUUCUGAACUUGGUCGAAUGUUCAACUGCCUGGUUCUUUAAUCUCUUCAAGGUGCCAUAUUUUUAUUUAUUGUUGGGGUUUUCUUUUCUUUCUUUCUUUUUUUUGGUUUGUUUUUACAAUAACUGGCCCAUACUUUACAUUUUGAUCACAAUAAAUAAGUCCACAUAGCUGCUCUGUUGUUUGAGCAUAAACAAAACCAAGUACAGCACACAGUUUUUUGUUUUAUGAUUUCUUUUCUUUUUUUUUUUUUUUUUGACUCUCAUCUUAAUGUACACUGGAUAAGACCUCAGACACAUGGGUGCGUCGACACUUGUUGCAUAUAAAUACUACAAAAUUUACUUACACUAAUGGUCCAUAACACAAAGAAUGCCUGGUAAUGACAUCUGAUGUGAAUUUAAAAGGAGGGGGGUUCCUUGACCAUUUCAUGCCAUGUAUUUUUAUUGUCAUUAUAAAUCCACCUUUUGCCAAAUAAGAUGCUCUGAGAUGAAGUAAUGGUUGGUUUCAAUUCACUGUGCAUUUCAAACAACACAGAUUGAAGUCUCUCUUUUUUUCCCUUAAUUCUUGGUGCCUUUUUGUGAAACAAUUCAUGUAUAGUCCACCAUAACAGCGAUAAAUCACUGCAAAGCAAAACUCAAGUUCCUUCCGUGAAAUCAUUCAUGUAUUGUUUUUCUUUUCUUUUCUGAGAGAUAGAGAUAACUUUAUCACUGCAAGCGAGCAUCUCUUUCACCAGAUGCAAACUUGAAACCAAAAGGUGCACUUUUAUUAAAUCAAUGUGUUUGAAAACUCA